AUGUCUUCAAGUGAUGCCGUAGCUCCACCAGAUACUGAGGGUGAUGGCUGUUGGAUGAGUCAACAUUAUAGGUUUGUUUGUCAAGCUCGAGAAAAGGAACCAGAUGUCGUACUGCUUGGUGAUUCAAUUUUUGUUUACAUGCAGUUUACUCAAACAUACAGGAAACACAUCGAGCCGUUGCACUGUGUAAAUUUUAGUAUUGCUAGUGAUCAAACGCAAAAUUUACUUUGGAGAAUUGAAAACGGUGAACUUGAUGGCUUCUCACCCAAAGUGGUCGUGAUCAUGGUUGGCAGUCAUAACACUAUGCAUUCUGAGGAGGAGGUUGUCAAAGGUAUCCUGACUGUUGCGGAGAAAACAAAAUUUAAGCAACCUCGUGCAUCAUUGAUAGUCAUGGGUCUUCUGCCAUGUGGUCGAAAUCCAAACAGAAGACGUACAAAGCAUGCGAAAAUUAACAAGCUUCUCGCUGAAGUUUUCACCUGUCGACCUGAUAUUACAUAUCUAAACCCUGAUUGGGAUGGUUUUAUUCAACCAGAUGGAACUAUUUCACAACGCGAUAUGUUUGACUACAUGCAUCCUACUGAAAAUGGCUACGAGAAGUUAUGUGACCCUUUACUAGAAGAGCUACAAAAUUCCUUGCAUACAUUCUUAAAGACUAACGCACCAAAUAGUUUUAUAGAAGACUCCUAA